CGCCCCCUCCGCGCGGGGCCGGCGCGUCCCGGCAGAGCCGCGCCCGCCGAGCAGCGCGGGGCUGGCCAUGGCGUGCCUGGGGAUGCUGCUGCUCCUGCUGGGCGCCGCGCUGGCCCCGGGCAGCGCCUUCAACCUGGACGUGGAGAGCCCGGCCGUCUACUCGGGCCCGGCGGGCAGCUACUUCGGCUUCGCCGUGGACUUCUUCGCCCCCGACCCAUUCUCGACAUUUCUUCUGGUGGGAGCUCCGAAAGCAAACACUACCCAGCACAACAUUGUAGAAGGAGGGCAGGUGCUCAAAUGUAACUGGAACUCAAACAGGAACUGCCAGCCCAUUAUAUUUGAUCCCACAGGUAACAGAGACUUUGCUCCUGAUGAUCCACUGGAAUUUAAGUCUCAUCAGUGGUUUGGAGCCUCUGUGAGAUCCCAAAAUGAUAAAAUUCUGGCCUGUGCUCCGCUGUACCACUGGAGAACUGAAACAAAACAGGAGAGAGAGCCUGUAGGAACUUGUUACCUGCUUGCUGGGUCAAAAUUUGUGGAAUAUGCUCCCUGCAGGUCAACAACUAUCGAUGCAGAUGGACAGGGGUUUUGUCAAGGUGGAUUUAGCAUUGACUUUACAAAGGGAGACAGGGUGCUUCUUGGAGGACCUGGAAGCUUUUACUGGCAAGGCCAGCUUAUUUCUGAUCGAGUGACGGAGAUUGUGGCCAAGUACGACUCCAAAGUCUACAGUACAAAGUAUGAUGACCAGUUAGCAACCAGACCUGCCAGUGCUGCUUUUGAUGACAGCUACUUGGGUUAUUCAGUAGCUGUUGGAGACUUCAAUGGUGAUGGCAUCGAAGACUUUGUGUCAGGAGUCCCACGAGCAGCAAGAACUCUGGGCAUGGUGUCCAUUUACAAUGGGAAAAACAUGUCUUCCAUGUACAACUUCACUGGAGAACAGAUGGCUGCCUAUUUUGGGUAUUCAGUGGCUGCCACAGAUAUCGACGGGGACAAUUACACAGAUCUGUUCAUUGGAGCCCCUCUUUAUAUGGAUAGAAGUUCAGAUGGGAAGCUUCAGGAGGUUGGCCAAGUAACCAUCUGCCUUCAGCGAGCCUUGGGAGGGUUUCAGACAGCAAAGCUGAACGGUUUUGAGAUCUUUGCGAGAUUCGGCAGCUCCAUCGCACCCCUGGGGGAUCUGGAUCAGGACGGCUUCAACGAUAUUGCAGUUGCUGCACCAUAUGGUGGGGAGGACAAGAGAGGACUUGUGUAUAUCUACAAUGGAGGAGCAAGUGGUUUGAAUGCCAUCCCAUCCCAGAUCCUGGAAGGGCAGUGGGCCGCUCGCACUAUGCCCCCCAGCUUUGGGUACUCGCUGAAAGGAGCCACAGAUGUGGACAAAAAUGGAUAUCCAGACUUGAUUGUUGGAGCCUUUGGUGUUGACACAGCUGUUCUGUACAGGGCUAGACCAGUUAUUAGAGUAAAUGCUGCCCUGGAAGUUAAUCCAACCAUUCUAAACCCAGAAAACAAAGCCUGUUCACUGGGAGAUGUAAAAGUUUCUUGCUUCAAAGUAAAGUUCUGCUUAAAAGCAGAUGGCAAAGGAAAGCUCCCGAACUCACUCAAUUUCCAGGUGGAGCUGCUGUUGGAUAAACUGAAGCAGAAGGGAGCUAUAAGGAGAGCUCUCUUUCUCCACAGCAAACAGCCCAGCCACUCGAAGAACAUGACAAUUACAAAGGGGGGAAAGAUGAACUGUGAGGAACUGGACGCCUUCUUGAGGGAUGAGUCUGAGUUCAGAGACAAGCUAACUCCCAUUACUAUUUUUAUGGAAUAUCGUCUGGAUUACAGAACAGCUGCAGAUUCAACAGGAUUGCACCCCAUCCUCAACCAGUUCACUCCUGCUAAUAUGAGCAGACAGGCCCAUAUUCUGCUGGACUGUGGGGAUGAUAAUAUCUGCAAACCAAAGCUGGAGGUGUCAGUAGAAAGUGAUCAGAAGCAGAUCUAUAUUGGUGAUGACAAUCCCUUGACCCUCAUUGUCAGUGCUCAGAACCAGGGGGAGGGAGCCUAUGAAGCAGAGCUCUUUGUCGUUGUUCCACCCCAAGCAGAUUUCAUCGGAGUUGUUCGCAACAACGAGGCUUUAGCCAGACUGUCAUGUGCUUUUAAAACAGAGAAUCAGACUCGCAUGGUAGUUUGUGACCUGGGCAAUCCCAUGAAAGCAGGAACUAAGCUCUUAGCUGGCCUGCGUUUCAGUGUGCACCAGCAGUCUGAGAUGGACACCUCUGUCAAGUUUGACUUGCAAAUCCGGAGUUCCAACCUGUAUGACAACCUGAGCCCAGUAGCAUAUUAUCAGGCUGACCUUGCUAUUUUAGCAGCUGUUGAAAUUAGAGGUGUGUCGUCCCCUGACCACAUAUUUCUUCCUAUUGCAAACUGGCAGCCCAAGGAGAAUCCCGAAACAGAAGAUGACAUUGGGCCUCUAGUUCAGCACAUCUAUGAGCUGAGAAACAACGGUCCAAGUGCAUUCAGCAAGGUGAUGAUGACUCUGCAGUGGCCUUACAAAUAUAAAAACAACACGCUGUUGUAUAUUGUGCAGUAUGAAAUUGAUGGUCCCAUGAACUGCACUUCUGACAUGGAAAUCAACCCACUGAAAAUUAAGAUUUCUGCUUCCAAGGAUGAUGACAGGAAUGAAACACUUAGCAGGGAGGACCAUCGUGACCACCGCAUCAGCCGAAGAGAUUUAGCUGCCGUGGAGGGGGACGUGCACACUUUGGGCUGUGGAACUGCUGACUGUUUAAAGAUUGUCUGUCAAGUUGGUCACCUGGAAAGGGGAAAGAGUGCAAUAUUGUAUUUAAAAUCACGCCUUUGGACCCAAACUUUCAUGAAUAAAGAAUACCAGAACCAUUCCUACUCUCUCAAAUCAUCUGCUUCUUUCAGUGUUAUAGAGUUCCCUUAUAAGAACCUUUCCUUUGAAGAUAUCCACAAUUCUACAGUAGUUACUACAAAUAUUACAUGGGGCAUUCAACCACAGCCCAUGCCUGUGCCAGUGUGGGUUAUAAUUUUGGCCGUCCUAGCAGGGUUGCUGCUUCUGGCUGUUCUAGUGUUUGUCAUGUACAGGAUGGGCUUUUUCAAACGUGUGAGGCCACCUCAGGAAGAACAAGAAAGAGAACAACUACAGCCACAUGAGAAUGGGGAAGGAACAUCAGAAGCUUAAGCAGAGUUUUAUCUGUAAGACAUUCUGAAAUGUACACUUGCCUACAUCUUGGUUACAAAUAUUGGCUUCCCCCUUCAUGAACAAACACUCACUGUUGCAGAGCUGCUGGUCUGGGAAGGCGUCAGCACGUGCAAAACAAGGGCAAUACACUUAAAUCCUCCCUCUCGUA